AUGAUUCAUGCCUGUCCCCAGUACUGUUUUCUACUUGCAUUUUUCAUCCUGCUGCACGAAACUAUUCAAUCAGAGGAGAUUUAUAAACUUAUCAGACCGUACAAGUAUUAUCAACGCAGACCAUCGCGAUGGCCACGAUUUCACGCUGGUCACAAAUCAUCGAGGUUCUAUCGUUUUGGAAGGAUCCCAUCGGAAGACUAUUAUUCACGCAGGUCAACUUAUUACAGAAAAAUUAACGAGAUGCUUGUUCGACGUUUUAGGUAUCGUUCAUCGAGGAACGAUUUCGAUGGACGGGCUGAAAAUCACCCCUAUACUAUUGUGAUCCAACUACCUAAAGCAGAAACUAAAUAUAGGGAUAAUAAUUAUCGAGAAAGACAGAGAAAUUAUGAAAGAGAUGCUGUUCCGACGUACAAUAAUGAAAGUGACUAUAUUGAUGAAGAAGAAGAAAUGGAAUCUAAAGUGGGCAAUAUUAAUAAUAAAAAAGUACAGAUAAAAAUGAUUAAAGGAAAAAAUCCAAAGUUGCACAUUCAAAUUUCAAAAUCUGAUAAUGAAAAUAAUUUGGAAAUUGUGGAUAAAUCGAGCAUCAGUAGCAUGAAUUUACCACGAUUAUUCAAUUACAAGACCAUUAUUUAA